GUCGCUGCAGUCCCACAGAGCGGCUACACAUCAAUAUCCUCUCGGUGUCCCCGGAGCUGUGUACCGCUAUGUGGCUCUAAAGCGACUGUUCAAACGGGAGCAGGCUUUACCACGACGAGGACGAAUGUGGACUUGAGGACACCUGCAAACAGGGACUUAUUCUUCCAAAAGACGGACCGGGAAUCCCCGUUUUUCACCGAGCAAAUGAGAAAGGAUCGUCAUGACCCUUUUCCCUUGGACCUGUCACUCCUUCACUGAGGGACCUUCGCCCUUAUUGGUUUCUAGACUUAUUAAUACCGGGAUGAGAUAAUAAAGUCAUCCAGCUCGUGCAUGCUGCUACAACAACACCUGUGGCACUUGUAAACCCACCCUGCCCCCCUAACCCCUGCCCAAGCUAAGAUCAAGUCAACAGUUGAACCAUGACGACACCAGCUCUCCUGCCUCUGUCGGGCCGCAGGAUACCCACUCUGUCUCCGGGAGCCUCCUCUUUCCCGCACCACAGGGCCACGCUGAGGCUCUCCGAGAAGUUCAUCCUCCUCCUCAUUCUCAGUGCCUUCAUCACCUUGUGCUUCGGGGCCUUCUUCUUCUUACCGGACAACUCCAAGCACAAGCGCUUCGACUUGGGUUUGGAGGAUGUGCUCAUCCCUCAUAUUGACUCGCCCAAAGAGGGAAAGCACGCCUCUGGACAGGUGGUCAUUCAUGGACAAGGGGCACAUGAUGAGCACAGACACAGGGAGGAGGAGGAGAGCCUGCGGGACAAGAUCCGAGCAGACCACGAGCGAGCACUGCAGGAGGCCAAGGAGAAGCUGAGGAAGUCACGUGAAGAGCUGCAGGCUGAGAUUCAGACUGAGAAAAACAAAGUAAUGGAGGAACUGAAAAAGAAGGAUGCGGGGCCUAAACCUUUGCCACCCGUCCCCAUGCCAAAGGUGGUGGGUGUCAGCGAUGGUGAGCCUGCAGAGCCGGACGUCAAGGAGAAACGAGACAAGAUCAGAGAGAUGAUGAAGCAUGCAUGGGACAGCUACAGGCAGUACGGCUGGGGUCACAACGAGCUGAAGCCCCUCGCCAAGAAAGGACAUUCCACAAAUAUCUUUGGCAAUUCCCAGCUGGGGGCGACCAUUGUGGACGCGUUGGACAGCCUCUACAUCAUGGGUCUGCACGACGAGUUCAAGGACGGCCAGGAGUGGAUCGAACAGAAUCUGGACUUUGGAGUGAAUGCCGAGGUGUCUGUGUUUGAGGUCAACAUUCGUUUCAUAGGAGGACUGCUGGCCGCCUACUACCUCUCUGGACAGGAAAUGUUCAAGCUGAAGGCGGUGCAGCUAGCGGAGAAGCUGCUCCCGGCCUUCAACACCCCCACCGGGAUCCCCUGGGCCAUGGUCAACCUGAAGAGUGGUGUUGGGCGUAACUGGGGCUGGGCGUCGGCCGGCAGCAGCAUCCUGGCAGAGUUUGGAACUCUGCACAUGGAGUUCGUUCACCUCACCUACCUGACAGGAAACCCCGCCUACUACCAGAAGGUGAUGCACAUCAGGAAGCUGCUCGCCAAAAUGGACCGACCCAACGGACUGUAUCCAAACUACCUGAACCCUCGGACGGGGCGCUGGGGACAACAUCACACCUCAGUUGGAGGACUUGGGGACAGUUUCUACGAGUACCUGCUGAAGGCAUGGCUCAUGUCCGACAAGACCGAUACAGAAGCCCGCAAAACCUACGAUGAAGCCAUUGAGGCUAUCGAGCGGCACCUGAUACGCAAAUCCAACGGCGGUCUGACGUUUAUCGGCGAGUGGAAGAACGGCCACCUGGAGAGGAAGAUGGGGCACCUGGCGUGCUUCGCCGGCGGCAUGUUUGCUUUGGGCGCCGACGGCUCGCCUGACGAUAAAGCCGGACACUACCUGCAGCUCGGAGCCGAGAUCGCUCACACCUGCCACGAGUCCUACGACCGGACAGUGUUGAAGCUGGGCCCGGAGGCCUUUAAGUUCGACAGCGGCCUGGAGGCGGUGGCCGUGCGGCAGAAUGAGAAAUACUACAUCCUGCGGCCGGAGGUCAUCGAGACGUACUGGUACAUGUGGAGGUUCACCCACGAUCCCAAAUAUCGCCAGUGGGGCUGGGAGGCAGCGCAGGCCAUUGAUAAGUACUGCAGGGUGAGUGGAGGUUUCUCCGGGGUGAAGGACGUCUACUCCUCCAACCCGACCUACGACGACGUGCAGCAGAGCUUCUUCCUGGCCGAGACGCUAAAGUAUCUGUACCUGCUGUUCUCCAGCGACGACCUGAUGCCCUUUGACAGUUGGGUUUUCAACACGGAGGCUCACCCGCUGCCUGUGCUCCACCUGGGGAACAUCACCCUGCCUGGCAGCGAGCCGUCUCAGCAGUAAACAGGAAGUGCUGUUCUCCUCCACAGCAGCAGGGGGCGCCACCUGUCUGAACGACAAACAACCCACCAACACUGGACAAAGUUACAUUCGGCUCCACAGACUCUCUACUGCUUCUGGACUGCAGACAUCAACCAGAGGAAUGAUGGAGAGCCUCCCGAGGGGACGUAGAGACCCUCUCUCUUCUUCUAUGUUUUACUCUUUGACUCUCUCUGUCUUCUCUGAAAGACGGCGUUUUUUGCUGCUCAGCCUCGCGACUGGCUUGAACUGACUCUGAACGACCGAGCUAUAAUUAAGGCUCGAUUUGUUUGUUUUUUUGUUAUUAUUUGUAGUGAACAAACUCUACUCCCAUACAGACUCAAGCUGAGGCAUUAUGGGUUUUCUGUGAAGGAUUACAGUCAGUUUGACACUGUACUGAUGGAAGUGGGUGUUUGUUUUUCUUCCAGACUGACUGACUUGAGGACUUUACAGGGUCUGUUGAUGUGUUUUUUAGUUUGGACUCAUGGGGACACAGGGUUGAAUGAAAGCCCUUCGCUUCUCCCUGAACCCUCCUCUUACUCCACUUCCUGUUUAAACUUAAUCUGAUGGACUUUGACAUGGAACUAUUCGCAGCUCGUCACAUCAUCAGUGCGAGGGCGGGUUGUGUCUCCUCCUCCUCCUCCUCCUCUUCCUCCUUUUACUCCUCUAACCCUCCUUUUUUCAGAACAGUGGACCAUUGUACAUGAACAGUAACUCCACCUGGACAGCAGCAGCUUCUCCAUCUUCUCUCUACACACCUCGACAUCUUUCCAGUUCCUCUCCCAGAUAUAAACGUCACCGAGUGCUGCUACAUUUCUUCAUUUUCCGCCACCUUUCUCUGAUCAUCUGAUUCAUAGUUCCUGUCCAUUUAUCGCCUCAAUUUGUUCUCUUGUUUCUCGCCUUCUCAUAACACAUUUUUGAGUGUCUGUGUGUGUGUGUGGGUAAGAUAACCUCUGCUGUAAAUCAUUGAUUCGUGCACUUUGUAUGGGAAGACUAUGAAGAAGAGGGGAAAUAGAAGUGUAGCACUGAAAGAGCUGAAUAUAGGCUCCCUGCUGAUCUCCCAGCAUGCAACAGUCGCUCCGUAUAUCACGUAAAUUGUAUGAACUAUACCGUUCUCAACCACUUAUUUUUUACAUUCCUGCUUUAAUUGUCUCUUCGUUUCUCAAUCCUUCUCUUCUCUUGUCCAUUGUAACCUUCAUUCUCCUUAACUAAAACAAAACAUAUAAACUCUUGAAGAUUUGUUUCUGACGUUUUCCAGAAAAGAGGUAAGGCUCAUUUUAAAACAUUCAUUUAACAAUGUCCAAGUUUUUGGAUAAUCUCUAAAUCACAGUUUGAGCUUUUGAGAAAUAUAUAUCACCUGUUAAAUGUACAUUAUAAAGCUGCAAGCAUGUCCCCUUUGGGUUUAAUGUUCAGUAAACAAUCAUGACGAAUAACUACUGUACAGAUUCAAGUCACCUUUUUUCGUCCCCAUUAUCAUAUCUUCAAAAAAAAGUUAAAAUCUUCACAUCUGGCUCGCUUAUCUCUCCCGACACAUAACUCUCUCUGUUUCGUCUGAAACUGUGCGAGGGAUUUACUGCUUUGCUCAGAUAAUAGAUAAUACAGUCUGUUACUAAAUAUUACAUUCGAGAACAACCAAAACAACUCUGGAAGAGAGUGACAGAUCUGUUGAAUGCUGAUUUUCAAUGUGUGCAUAAAGCAGUUAUACGCCUCUUUAAAAACACACAGGUGAAUUUCAUGCUAAGAAACAACUAGGGCUGUACCCGAAUAUCUGAUUAUUCGUUCGUUGGAGUACUAUUCGGGUUUCAAUUUCGUUAUUCGGAUAUUCGUUUUUGUUUUUUUUAUUUAUUGAAAACUCCAAUAUCAACGUAAGAGCUCUUCGGGGGGUGCUAACACUUAACCAUAAACUUUAUAGUUUACUUUCUCCGUCUUUAUAUGUAGAUAUGACUUUUCUCCGUUAAUUUCCGUCACGUUGUUUCCAUAGCAACAAUAAUUUCCUGUCAACAGCGCUAACUCUCCUUCAAAAUAAAAGCAUGUCCAUACAAAAUAGGAAUCCAAGCCAAAUUACACUUAAGACAUAUACAACUGCAACGAAAGUAACAAACACAAUGCGAUAUCCUUUUCAAUUUCAAAGAACACAAAUUGGGUUACAUUAACAAAUAACUAUAACACAACAAUACUGUAGAAUAACAAAAUGAAUGCCGUGAAUACACCGAAAUACAUGUGUUGAAGCGCAGGGACCGAAUAUUCGCUGCUGAUUACUACCGCAUAUCCGGAGCCCGAAAAAUGGUAUUCGGGACAGCCCUAGAAACAACACUGACUGAAAACCUAAAGUGCUGCUGCAGAAAACCAAACAAUCGUAUAACUGUUCAUAUAAUAUAUAUGGAAAAUGUUGCAAUUUCAAAAUUAAAGAAAGACCAUUUCAACCUCUAUAAUCUGCGACUCAAGUGGAAAUAUUUUGCACAAGACUUAUUUUUCAAGAUAAGAAAUAUGAUGUUUUAAUGAAGGCUAUAUUUCUUACAAUGUGACAGCAGCAGCUGCUAUAACCAUGGCAACAAUUAUAUCUGAACCACAAGAAAUGCUACCAGGAGGAAGAGAAAUGGCAGCAGAGAGGAGGAGAUGGAGAUGUUGAGUGACUCAGUAUUCAGCUUAAAUCAUCCAAUGUUGAAACAUGUUCAUUUUGAAGGUCAACAUUUCAGUCAAACCUCCCAAAUCUUCAUCCUCCAUCUACAAAAUGCUCAAAUUUUGUUUUUCGAAUUAACGUUUUUUUUUUCUGAUCCACUUGCCAUGUUUGUUUUUACAAAGAGUGUGUGUGUGUGUGUGUGUGUGUGUGUGUGUGUGUGUGUGUGUGUGUGUGUGUGUGUGUGUGUGUGUGUGUGUGUGUGUGUGUGUGUGUGUGUGUGUGUGUGUGUGUGUGUGUGUGUGUGUGUGUGUGUGUGUGUGUGUGUGUGUGUGUGUGUGUGUGUGUGAGCUCAUUAAUACGGUUGUGUGACGUGAAUCUGCAAUGUGUCCAAACUCUACGUAUCAACUGACUGGUUUAGAAACAGAGAAAGAAAGUAAUGGGAAUACGACUACUAAAGAAGAGUUUUGGGAAGUUUGAUCCGAAGAGUAGGAAUUGCACUAAACCAGGAUGAUUUUGUGUGUGUGUUAUUGUGCGUCUGAUUCUUUUCAAGCCUUAUUUUCAAAUGUGUGUCGCCUUGGCCAAUACGGUGCUCUUUCUUUUCCUUUGCUUUGAGUUUUUUUUAAUACAUGAUGUAGUGUAGAUAGAUGCAGAACUGUGAUGGAGUAAAAACGAAGUUGACGCAUCAAAGAAAAAAAGAAAACGAUUUUAAAUGUUGUUUACCGCAGAGUCACAUGACUAAAGGUUCUCAAACUGCUGAUUUACUUUCAGCUUUCUAAACUCCCCUCCUGACAAAGGUAGCUGUCAAUAAAGUAUAAUUGUGUGAAUGAAAACAAUAUGGUUACAACAAAGAUGGAAAGGUUUAAUUUGAGUGAUUGAUUAAUAGCCAGCAUUUUCCUAUUUCCCUUUGCCUCUAAAUGCUUCAAGAAGAUUAACAAAGCGGUUGGUUUUAGUCUUUUCAUGUGUUUGGAUGAUAUAGAUUUAAAACAGCAAAUAUAAUACAAAAUAUCAACAAGUAACAUAAUCAUCAACCAUCUCUGUCCUGAUUUGACAGGCAGGUCGAGGAAGACGUUACAGAUAUUUUAGGAGAAUGUCUCAAUAUUAAAAUGCUUUUAGGAUUUAAGGCCAAGCAACUUUAACCAAACUUCUUGCCAACGUUCAAGACAAUGUUACACUUACGGCCCGUCCACACUACAGCUUCAAAAAAAGCUUGGAGCUGGGCGUGUCUGAAGCUCGACCAACAACCAAUCACAUGAAUCUCCCGCCCCUGACACACAAGCAGCGGUUUGAUUGGCUAGAGCUUGUACUGGCAUAUGAUUUGAUUGGCUGACGCUUCCGCCGAAAGCUUCAGAAGCUUCAAAAGUUGAACAUUGCUCAACUUUUGCAGCCUGCAACGUCAGGAAAGCUGCGCUCUGCUUCCCACAAUGCAGUUCGGCAAAAAGUGACGUCACCCCAUUCAAAGUGAAUGGGCAGAAGCGUUGGAAACCACUUUUGAAGCUGUAGUCUGGACGGGCCGUUAGUUUAUAUGUAAUUAAUCCACUUCCACAACAACAGCAGUCACCCUUGUUAUUUUAUUUAACGUUUUAUGGAACUUCAUCGAUCAGUGUACAUACAGGAUAUUUCUCUGCACAUUCAACAUGUUCCUCCCCCCUGCUCCCUCCUCUCUCUCCGGUGGGGGUCCAUUAAUGCAGUACAGUCAUGGCUCUCAGUAUCCUCAUCUUCAUCACCUUCAUCUGACGGGGUGGGGGGUAAAGCCCGGGCAGAAACCUGGGCACUCGCUGGGAGUGAAACGAUGAUUUUGAAAAAUGUUGUGUUCUGUAUUUGUAUUUUUACUGAACUAAAAAAAAAACUAUUAAAGUAUCUGUACAUAUGUUUAAAACUGAGACACAAAUUCAAUAAAGAUGUUAUGAAAAGUGAUCAGACACAAAGAGUA